AUGGAUCCGAUGGAAAAGGAUAAGAUGGGUGAAGGGCACAACCCGCCCCCACCCCCGCCACACCCUUCUUCGGCUCCUCAAGUCGUUAGCAGCGGGCCGGGCGGGAGCAUACCUGCCGCCGCUCCAGGCACGCCAGCUCCGUCUUCGGCCGGAGCUAGUACCCCCAGCUUUCCCACCGCCGUCGCCCCGAGCGUGUCAAAGAGAAAACGAGGUCUCGGCGUUGUUACGCCAAACGCGUGUACCGAGUGCCGCAAGAAACGCGCAAAGUGCGACGGACAAAAGCCGUGUGGCCGAUGCAAGGCACAAAAAGACGUUGAAUGCGUUUACGAGAUUCCUGUUCGCCAAUCCAAGGAAAACCUUCGCCACGAGAUCGAGCAACUCCGACGCCAGCAGCGCAAUAAUGACAAGGUCCUUAAUGCUCUUGUCCGCCCCGACCUGUGGGAAGAGGUCCUCAACCGGUUACGCAACGGUCAGAGCGUGGAAUCAAUAUCGGAAUGGCUUGGAGGGACUCUUCCAUCGGGAGGCGGCGCACUACCUCCCAUCAGCCCCCGGGUUGGCCACUCGGAUGGCGGCGCCUCUGCCGUCCCUGGAUACGCUCCCGGCGCACACGGGAGCUAUGGGCCGGUCCCCCCUGGUCUGAAUCCGAUUAGCCCGUCCACCGUCCCGCGGCCGCAUAGCAGCAACCAUGAUAGCGACCGGCAGAGCUCCUGGGGCGGCUACUCCACCCACACAACCCACGUCACCCCGGGCGCUUCACACCCCGAUAGCAUGGAAUGGAAUACUGACGCCAUGAGGCGCCAUCAUCAAACGCAUGACGGCUUAUGGGUUGAGAACCAGAGAGCUCGUGGCCUGGACCAGGUUUUUGCCCCUGAUAUUCCCCAGAUGCAAGUUUCGCCCAAGACAUGGACCAACAUCACGGGCGAUUCGGGGCUUGUCCAGCAUUUGCUGGCGCUCUACUUCUGCUGGGAAUAUCCCACCUUCGCUUCGCUAAGCAAAGAGCAUUUCCUCAAAGACUUCAUGGAGGGUCGCGCCCGGUUCUGCUCUUCCAUCCUCGUGAAUGCGCUAUUGGCGCUGGGGUGCCGCUUCUCAAGCCAGCCAAACACUCGAGCCAACUCGGAUGAUCCGCACACGUCAGGCGACCACUUCUUCAGAGAAUCCCAGCGGUUGUUCUAUCUCGAGGAUAACCAUCAUAAGUUAACCACCAUCCAGGCUCUGGGGAUUAUGUCUAUAAGAGAGGCGAGUUGUGGGAGGGACUCGGAGAGCUGGUACUAUGCCGGCCAGAGCAUUCGAUUGGCAAUCGAGAUGGGACUACAUCGACUUCAAAACGACGGUCAAGACGAUGACGAAAGUGCAGUGCAAGCGGCGACCUUUUGGGGGGCAUUCGCCCUGGACCACGCGUGGUCCCUAGCGACGGGGUCACUGCCACAGUGCUCGUGUUUCCCACGGCUACCGCCGAAGCCUGCCAUAAUAGACGAUAUCGAGGCCUCACUAUGGAUUCCAUAUACUGAUGACGGCGCUCCACUCCAGCGUUCCUGCGAGCAGCCGUCCAAUGUCCGCUCCGUAUACAAAUGCUUCUGUGAGCUGAGCGAGCUUGUUCACCAAUCGUUAUACAUACUACAUUCUCCCGGGCGGCCUCUCUCGAGCAGAGACCUGCUAAAUAUCUACACCCAGUACCUGAACUGGUACGACAGGAUCCCUGAGGUGCUUCGACUCGGUCACAACUUUACUCCGGCCGUAUUGUUCGCGCACAUGUACUAUCACUUUGCCAUUCUUCUCCUUUUUCGACCUCUCAUCAAGCUUCGGAUCAUUGGCUCGAGCAUAUCCCCUAGAGAUGUCUGUUCGCAGGCGGCGGACGCGAUAUCCGGCCUCCUACGCUCGUACUCCCAACUCUACACGCUCAGGCGAACGCCAUCGUUCGUACCGUAUUUUGUGCUGACAUCAUCGAUCAUGCACCUCGCCAUUGCAGCAACAAGCUCGCCCAGCUCCGAAUCCGCUGCUGGAGGCGCCGAUUCAGUGCCAGAUCAUAGCCAGUCGUCGCAGUCGUCUCAGCAGCAGCCUAAGACCAAUCCCCGCGUUUAUGAAGCUAUCACUCGUGGCAUUGCAGAUUUGACCGAAAUGGCGCCAUGCCACCAUUUUGCGGAACAAGCACUCAACAUCCUCCGGUUCCUGGCCAAAAAGUGGAAUGUUGAUGUCGAAACCAACCCGAAAGCAGAGGAACUCGGACAGUUUGACCCGUCUGGCUCUCAUCAUGGUACGCGACCAGUAACCAGCGGCCUGAAUUUCUUCGCGCCCAAUUUUCUCGAGUCUGACCUUAACCGUAAUUGGGGCGGAGGCACAGCGUCUGGGACGGGCUUCGACCAAGGGCCUGGAACGAGGCCCACCGGCAUUCCGGAAGUAGCUACCGCGAUGGAGAAUCCGUUGUUUUGGCCCUUUCCGAUGCAAGGGCGUCCGAUACUGCCUACUGGAAAGGCGCUGGAAGAAGCUGGUUUUGAGAUGAUUCACUGA